AUGGAAACUGAAAAUCGAAUGAAGCGUCGUCGCCUGAAUAAAAAUUCUCAAAAUACUGAAUUAUCUGUUACUGUUAAUGUUGAUGGACUACCUCUUUUUAAAUCUUCUAAUUUUCAUAUAUGGCCAAUACUUGGUUUAAUAGAGAACUAUAUUUUAAUAAUUGCACUUUUCUGUGGAAAUGGUAAACCAACCUGCUUAGUUGAUUUUCUCUAUGAUUUUAUCAAAGAAUUUUUAUUUUUAUCUAAUGAAGGUUUAUACUACGAUAAUAAAAAAAUUAAUGUUAAACUUAAAGCAUUCAUAUGUGAUGCACGUUGUUUUCUUAAAUGUAUACAAGGUCAUACAGAAUAUUACUCUUGUGAACGGUGCCAAAUUCAAGGAUUAUAUGAGGAUCAUAGAGUUGUUUUUAUCGAUGACAACCAAUCAACUCCAAGAUCAACUGAGGAGUUUAAUACCUUUUUGUACACUAUACAUCAGAAAUCUCUUACUCCUUUAGCUCAACUUCAAAUAUUUUGUGUUUCUGAUUUUACUUUAGACUAUAUGCACAUGGUUUGUCUUGGAGUAGUAAGACGCAUACUUACCUUUUUAAAGUCAGGUCCUAAACAUUGUAGACUUUUAAAUACCCAAAUAAAAAAAAUAUCUGCUAAUCUAUUAAGCUUAUGUGGUAUGAUGCCAUCUGAAUUUGCUCGACAACUACGGUCUCUUUUUGAGUUAGAUCGUUGA